CGUAACACAUCGCUUUGAUAAGACCCCGGUACCUCUUUCCUUUGUGCGCCAUUUUCCUCGCAAACCAGACCGAAAACACGACGCGACUCUGGGGAUUUAGAUCUAUAGAAAAUUUGCCGUUGAUUUCACGAUGUCGGAAAAUAAGGGAGGAGAUGAUGGUCAGCAGCAGAUAGUGAAGCCUGAAGGAGCAGAACACAUCAAUUUAAAAGUUACAGGGCAAGAUGGUAGUGUGGUCCACUUCAAAAUUAAGAAAAACACACCACUACGAAAAUUGAUGUCUGCAUACUGUGACAGAGUUGGACUAAAGUUUGCAACCUUACGGUUUAGAUUUGACGGCAACCCAAUCAAUGAGACAGACACCCCCACUGGACUUGACAUGGAAGACGGAGAUACGAUAGAUGUAUUUGCACAACAAACUGGAGGCCAACGGUAAAUCUGAACACCAUACCUAAUGGACUAUACAUAAGGAACCUCAUCUCAGCAUUCAUCAUUUUCAUUUCUCAUUGGAACUUCGCAUCACUCAUUUCAUGUUGACUUUAGCAGUCCCCGGCUGCUGUGGUGAAUGUUGUGAGGAGGAGAACUUGCACGUUGUCAAAGAUAGGUUACCUCCGAGCUCGGCGUCCUUUGUGCCGAUUGUGUUGUUUGGUGUGAACACACUCCAGAAAAUGAGCAAAGAUUGUGACUUUCGGUUUAAAAACGUCGGGCGAGUGGAGGUGGUGGGCACCAGAUACCGGCCCCACACAAACUUUCAUGUUAUUUGUAAUGUCCACAAACUAGGUCAAGUCGAGUGUAUAUGUGCGUUUGUCAAAACAUUUUUAUUCAUUCAUUCAUUGACAUUCAUCCCAUAAAUAUUGGUAAAUAAACAUGUCGUUGUACAUAG